AUGCCUCCAACCAAAAAGACCAAACUUUCACAAGAAGAACAAGCUGAAGAAGAGAAUUUCCAAAAACUUGCGGAUAUUCAAAAUCAAGUCGCCAAGCUUGAUGAAGAAUUGGAAAAUGAGAUUGCUUUAUUACAAAGUAGAUAUGAUGCCUUGAAAAAGCCCUUUUAUGAAUCUAGGAAGCCUUUCAUUUCGGGAAUUAAGAACUUUUGGGCCGAUGUGAUUUCGAUACAUCCACUCUUUUCAAAAAUGUUAAAUGAUACAGAACUUGAAAUUUUGAAAUAUUUGACCGACAUUGAAGUUGAGAAUGAUAUCUCGAAAGAUACAAAAUUCUUUAAAGUCACCUUCAAGUUCAAGGAAAAUCCCUUUUUUACUAAUACAGAACUGUGGAAGCUCAUCAGAUCUAAGCCUCAAGAAGAAGCUCCAGAAACCCAACAAUCAGAAAUUAAAUGGAAGGAAGGGCAAAACGUUUUUGCCUCAGAAAAUGACAAGAAAAGAAAACAUCAACAAGAUCAAAGCUUAUUUAAGGUGUUUGUGGAAGAGACUGAAUACGAUGAGGACUUUAUUUCUAUCAUUGUUGAUGAAAUUUAUGCUAACCCUUUGAGUAUAUUAAUUGGUGAAGAUGAAGAAGAAACAGAUGUAUGA